AAGAUUCUGCUCGAGAGUCCGAUGCUUGGAGUCCGAGUGGAAGUGGUCCCAGGUCGUGCACGGUUGCAGAUUCUUGAGAAUGGCCUGCGAAGCUGGUUGUGCUAUUUUUGCGUCUGAGUUUCGAAUCACAUGCUGUAAUUCGCUCGAUACGAAAGACAGCCAUGGUGUAUUCCCGAAACACGACGGACGCAGCUUCCUUCUCCAAGGCGUGGUCCAGAGAUGAGGACGCCGUUCUGCUGUGCCAUGCGCUGCACUGCGGCACAAGACGGUGGGGAGAGCUGACAACGAGCGGAAAGCUAAGGAGGAACAACAAGUCGUGCUGUAACCGUUACAUCUUCCUCAGAAGGAGGUUCAGUCAACACCUUCAGCCGCACCUGUGGAAGGAGAACAACCAACGCAGUGCAUGCCUGCUGCCGAGUCCCUUGGAGGGACAGAACCAGUUGCUGCGCCACGCCCAGCCACAGCCGCGGCAGCAGCAACAGCAGCAGCAGCAGCUGCAUCGGACCCAUCAGCUGGGUUGCGUGGGUUCACCGGGGUCGCCAUGGCCUGGUCUUGCUUUCGGUGGGCUGUCGUUUGAAGAGUGCAAGAGCGUCUUCCUCUCACCUAAUGCCUGCCGCCCUACAGCCCAAGCCCACCCCUCGUCUGAUUUCAGCCCUGCUGCUCCCUCCGAUGCUGCUGUCUUCAUCCCUGCUGCUCCCUCAAAUGCUGCCGCCUUCAGCCCCGUUUCUGUUUCCCAUGCUGCCGUCGUCAGCCCUGCUGCUGCCUCCCAAGCUGCUUCUAUCUCCGCUGCCGCUGCUGUCUCCAGAGCCACUGCUGAGUUCGAUGCUGUGAUGAGUGCAUCCAUCUGCGCUACCCCCGCUGUCCGCAGCCUGCCUUUGAAGCGGCCCAGAGAAGACUGCACUGGGCUUCUGGCGGACCAACCACUGCGGGGUGAAGUCAACGAUGGGUUGCCCCAGUGCAUGAUGCAGCGUUCACAUUCACUGGAAAAUUAUUGCGCGCAGCAGCGAGGGGAGAGGAGUCGGCAGCGGGGAGUGCGGCCUUGCAUGGGGUGGGAAGGAGCCCGUGUGGAUGGCUUGCUGCUGGGGAAGCACGCCGUGGGGCACCGCCAGCUGCAGGAUUGGGAGUGCAGCAGCGUGCAGGCAGCCACGUGGCCUCGCGUGGGGUCGGAGAACGCCCUUCCAGACGAUGUGCUGCUGGGAUUCCGCUGCGAGGACUCCGGCUUCAGCCAGCGCGCCGCUCUGUCCGCGCCUCUCCUCACCCAGCCACGUGCACCACUGUCAGCGCCUCUCCCCACCCAAAUGCCGGCAAUGAUGUCAGCUCCUCUGCCCACCCACCCACGUGCACCUCUGUCAGCGCCUCUCUCCACCCAAAUGCCGGCAAUGCUGACAGCUCCUCUGCGCAGCCAGCUCCCCGCUCCAGCUGGUUCCGUUUCUGGCUGCAUUGGAGGGAGUGCAAGCACUGGUGGAUUGGUGCUGUCCCAUGCCAUUGCCGUGUGCAACAUGCUGGGCUACUGCUCCCUUCCGCUCUGCACGCCAGCAGCGCACCUGUGGCUACAUGGUUCCUUGCCUGCCCCCCACUUGCCCGUGGUUUCCCUGCCAUCAACCCUGGCCCCUUGCUCUCUCUCCCGCCUUCCCUUGGCGAGUGUGCCACACGGGCAGGCACUGCCAGCCCCAGUUGCUGGGGCAGUUGUAAUCGAGUGGGCGCAGGAGCAGGGAGGGACCGGGGAGGGAGUUGGUCAAUCGCACAGCCAUCGACAGCAGUUGAGCGUUCGUCAGUGCGUGCAGCACGCGCACACUCCCUCCCCAGCUGAGUGUUUGUCGCACCCUCCACGGCCACAGCCACUGUCAGAGGCGCUCCUGCUGCCUCCCUGUUGUCAACAGCCAGUGGCCCCUGUAUUCCCCAACACAAGCCCUCCAAGUGCAAGGCCAAUACCCUCGGACCCAAGGAACUCGCAUAUGCGAGCUCCCAUGCCUCCUGCCCUGCCGCCCAUGCUGCCAGGCUCUGGGUUGCGGCAGGAGCAGUCAAUCACUUCACCAAUUCCCAUACACCAGGCGAUUGCUCCCUCGCCCUGCUUGAUCCACACCUGUGGAUUUGAUACAGCUUCUUUGGAGGCCUUACUUGAUCACGUCAACUCACAUGUUCAAUCCGCAGCAAGUCCAGUUCAACUGGGAGGAACAACCGAUCUGAAGCUUGAGAACGAUUGGGAAUUGGACGUGUUUGACCAUAGCAACGUUUCCUCGCAUGUGUUGAUGCUUCCUAGUGGGAUGCCAGACUCCAAACCCUAGUCACAAGGAGAGACAAGACAGUGGGUAAGAGCACAAUUUACAAGUCGACGGAAGGGAUGGGUUUCAGACGGUUCUGUGGUGGUGUGGGGCAGAGGGUAGGAUGGAGUGAAUGGGCUCCUUCAAAGGGAGCAACACAUAAUCAAGCUUUCUUGCCAUUCUUACAUUCUUUUCGUCCAAUUUACUUGCGUG